AUGGAAACCAAUUCUUCGCCUCCGUUCAAGUUAAUCUUGGGGUCAUCUUCGAUCGCUCGCCGGAAAAUUUUGUCCGAUAUGGGAUAUGAAUUUACACUCAUGACUGCAGACAUUGAUGAAAAAAGCAUCAGAAAGGAUAAACCGGAGGAGUUGGUGAUGGUUCUUGCUCAGGCAAAGGCUGAUGCAAUCAUUUCAAAAAUACAAAGUAUCCAUAGUAAAGAGAAGGAUGCUGAACCGACAAUUGUAAUUGCGGCAGAUACAGCAGAAGCCAUCCGGCCUAAGCUCCCAGUUGGUGACUACGUAAAGGAUGCAGAACCAACGCUAUUAAUUACCUCUGAUCAAGUGGUAGUCUAUGAAGGUGUUGUCAGGGAAAAACCAUCCAGCAAGGAAGAAGCACGGCAAUUCUUGAAAGACUAUUCUGGAGGACAUGCAGCAACAGUGGGAUCUGUGCUUGUUACAAACCUUAAAACAGGAUUCAGUAAAGGAGAAUGGGACCGAGUGGAGAUCUAUUUCCAUGAAAUACCGGAUGAAGCCAUUGAGAAGCUGAUUGAGGAGGGGACAGUGCUCAAAGUUGCUGGGGGACUGAUAAUAGAGCAUCCUCUGAUUCUACCUUUUGUCAAAGAAGUGGUAGGGACAACUGAUAGCGUGAUGGGACUUCCAAAAGAUAUCACAGAGAGACUUCUAAAAGAAGCUCUGUAGCUGCAUUAGGUGAUUCGAGAUUUCUUUCAUCUAAUUGGCAAAUCCAUGUCUUCAUUUCUAGUUCGGUUUCUGAUCUGUCAUUUCACAGACUUGAUAACUAUCCACUCUUUGCAUACGCAUCUGUUGUCAACUAACAUUGCUUGUUAAAACUAAUUGUUUACCUUCUAAUUCAUAUUGUAUUAUUGGUCUUUGUUGAG